AUGGAGAAGACACAUAAGGACGGAUAUAGUACGGAGACGACACAUAAGGAGGAACAUAGUACGGAGACGACACAUAAGGAGGAACAUAGUACGGAGACGACACAUAAGGACGGAUAUAGUAUGGAGACGACACAUAAGGAGGAACAUAGUAUGGAGACGACACAUAAGGAGAGACAUAUUAAAGAGACGACACAUAAGGAGAGACAUAGUACGGAGACGACACAUAAGGAGGAACAUAGUACGGAGACGCCAUAUAAGGACGGAUAUAGUACGGAGACGAAACGUAAGGACGGAUAUAGUACGGAGACGGCAUAUAAGGAGGAACAUUUUACAGAGAUGACACAUAAGGAGGAACAUAGUACGGAGACGACAUAUCAGGAGGAACAUAUUACAGAGACGACACAUAAGGACGGAUAUAUUACAGAGACGACACAUAAGGAGGAACAUAGUAUGGAGACGACACAUAAGGAGGAACAUAGUAUGGAGACGACACAUAAGGACGGAUAUAGGACGGAGACAACACAUAAGGACGGAUAUAGUACGGAGACGGCAUAUAAGGAGGAACAUAUUACAGAGAUGACACAUAAGGACGAAUAUAGUACGGAGACUAAACAUAGGGAGGAACAUAGUUCGGAGACGACACAUAAGGAGGAACAUAGUACGGAGACGACACAUAAGGAGGAACAUAGUCCGGAGACGACACAUAAGGACGGAUAUAGUACGGAGACGACACGUAAGGACGGAUAUAGUACGGAGACGGCAUAUAAGGAGGAACAUUUUACAGAGAUGACACAUAAGGAGGAACAUAGUACGGAGACGACACAUAAGGACGGAUAUAGUACGGAGACGGUAUAUUAG